UGAAGGCAGCAAGUAACCUGAAACGGGAAGAAGCAAAAAUAAAAGUGCGCGGAUGAAAAGACAGAGGGAGUUUCACCGUCUUUGACAUUUUAACGCCCUAGUCUCAGCUUUUAGUAGUUUAUUUAGAUGAUAAAAUUGUCAUAAAGCGUUAGUUAAAAUCACCAGGCUGAUAUUAUUCACCGCUGUGAAGCAGCCCUGACUCAGACACUUUCAUCAGAUUCCACUGAGCCGCUCACCUCCGGCCAUGUCCUCCUCCAUCACCACGGUAGGGGGAGUAGUUGUCAUCACGCAGGUCCUCCCUCGGGGUGAAUCCGCCAUGGCGAUGCAGGUUACUGCCGCUGGCACCACCUCGGACACCACUGCUGCCCAACCGGCCACUCCUCCUGCCUCGACACCACCUGCUCUCGAUUCCAGCCUCAAAGUAAAUGAUAUGACCACUACCUUCCUGCGGGGGCACCCUCACGGCCUUGGGGUCUUUCAGAUCUUCCUGGGCGUCAUGUGCAUCCUCUUCAGCCUGAUUGCCAUCUACUCACAGAUGCUGAUCGUCUUCGCUCCGUUCUGCAUCGCCGUUGUUUUUGUGGUGUCUGGUUCCCUGGCCCUGGUGGCUGGUUAUCGUACUUCACCAUCACACGUCUGGGCGUCUCUCCUGUCCCACAUGUUGAGCCUGGUGGUCAGUGUCGGGGGUGUGGCCUACAUCUGCUGGCUGUUGGCUAGUUGGAAGAUCUCCAUACAGAUCUGUGACCUCAGCAGCAUGGAGGCUCAGUCUGACUGCAUGCACAGAGUCUGGAAUCUGAAUACCAUCUUUAAUGGACUUCUGGCUGUCCUCCUGAUCUUACUGGUCGUACAGAUCUGUGUUUCCACAAGUCUCUGUGUUUUCUCUGGAAAGUCCAUCUGCUGUCGAUACAAGGUCACUGGUGGUCCGCUGAUGGGCGUGGCCUCGAGGACUGACAGCUACGAAGGCCUGAUCUAUGACCAGACAUCAGAGUAUCAUUCAGACUAACCAUAAGGGGGCGCAAGCAGCAGCUUUUCAUUAACAUACACUAAUCCUACAAAGGUACACAGGUUAUUAUUUGCAAACGGUACAGCACCUUAAAACACCAUCUCAUCCAGUGGACGCUCCUGGUCAGAGACAUCACACCAGAAUCACCUAGUCCAGGACAACAAGUCCAUUAGUGACGAGCUGACAGUUAAAAUGGACAGAAUGGAAUGUGAGACAACUUAACAUGAUGACUACGAUUAAUGUAAAAAAAAAACCACAUACUGUGAAAUACAGUAUAAAAAUAUGUGCCUAAUCCUACUCGUUCUAGGUUUUUCCUGGUCACAGGUUUUGGACUGCACUAACGUCUCUGACCUGAGGUUUUCUUCAAGUGUCCUUCAAGUGUAGAUGUGGCAGUUUGUUGUUGUCUCAGCUGAAGACAAACUGUCCUGAUGACUCUGCUCCAAGAUCAGACUUGAGUUGGUAUUUUAACAGCGCUGUGUCCAAAGAGACUUAUUCUACAAAAAUGUAACCUUAGCCAAAAUACUAAACAGUCUGUGACGCUUUUUUUCCCAUUUUCGUCUCUGUACGAACACAGAAAUCUGAAUUUAAUUUAAUAAACACAUUUUGAAAGAA